AUGGCAACGGCCAUGACUAUUAUGCCCACGCCAGUCACCUCAGUCAACCCUCAUUGCCUGAGGGGCUUUGGGAUCCGCUCAAGUGUCAUCCUUGGUUGCUCUACCCAUGAGCUUAAUGCCGAUUCCUCCGAUUGUAGCACCACUAGCACAGGCUCCAUUGACCCAAGAGUCCAUAGUCGUGACCAAGAUUGUGGUCGCUUCUGUAGCGCUGACCAAUCAUCCAGUUGCGUAACUAGAUGCGGAGGUAAACAUCUUUUUUGGCCAUUUGUUGGUUUUGUCUUUCAACUCGUUCUAACUUUUUGCCUUCCAGAACCGACUUCUUCGGAUGACCUCGGUGGGCUCUUCGCAAGUUUGUAUGAAGAAGGGGGCAUCUUGGCCUUGAUUGCUUUGUUGGAAGCCAAGUCUAAGGCUGUUAUUAAGCAACUUAGGAACUUCCUUCAUAUGGGAGUGAAUGGUAUGACCAAUGCGGAGACUUUCGAUGAAUUCAAAGGGUGUUUGGAUAUGGCCAUGGCUCUCAACCUUUUAGACUUGGCUAAGUUGGACGAGCUGCAUACCAACGUAGUUAAGGGUGAAUUGAUGAUUGGUCACUAUGUCGAGGCCGCCACGAAGAUGACCAUGGGUUGCACGCUUGAUGAGGAGCUAACAAUAAUAAAAAGAAUAGUCUCAGCCUAUGAUGGCGUCCUUUAG